AUGGUGGCCGUGUCUCUGGUGCUUUACCUGGCCGAGAGAGGAGCUGAGUUGGCGGUGAUCCUCCAUUACUUUGUGUCUGCGCGGUGUCUGUGGGCCGGAUGGACGCUCGCGCUGCUGCUGCCGGGAUGUCUGCUCCAGGCGCUCAGCUUCUCCUGGUUCCGGUCGGACGGCCGCCCGCGGUGCUUCGCCCUCGGCCUGCUUCAUCUCCUGCAGCUUGGGAUCCUGAAACGGCACGUGGAUGUUCUUUGGGGAGCUGGCCGGGGAGGAAUAGAUGGUCCAGGAGGAAGAGAUGUGCUGAUGAAGCAGGGUGAACUCUUUCUGCUCCGGCUUCUGGAAGCCCUGGUCCAGGCCCUGCCUCACUUACUGCUCCAGACAUACAUCUACCUGAGCUCGGCCGAAACGGACGCCUACGCAGCGAUCAGCGCUCUGCUGUCUCUCCUGUCCCUCUCCUGGGCUCUGGUCUCGUACGGCCGCUUCAUGUGCCUUUUGAAGCCGGGUCACCUCUCCACGCCCUGGGCGUCUCUGCUCUGCCAGCUCUUAUGGCGGAUGGGGAUGAUCGGCACGAGGGCCGUGGUCUUGGUGGUUUUUUCCCAGGUUUAUCACUUUUGGGUGUUUGCUGUGGCAGGUGCCCACUGGCUCGUCAUGUCUUUCUGGCUGGUCGCUCAGGGGACCGAUGUGAUCUCUCGCCCCUGCUACUGGAGACUGUUCAACGUCUGCGUCGGGGCAGUCUAUGUCUUCUGCUUCAUUAAUGUCAAACACGGCCGUUCCCGCUAUCGUGUCGCCAUUUUCUAUGCGAUCAUGCUGUUGGAAAACUGCGUUCUCUUGCUGCUGGCUACCAAUUUCUUACAGGAGGCUGCGUGGAGCCACGUGAAGCUGUCCGUAACCGUGCUGUCUGGCUUUCUCAUUGGCUGCGCGGCUUUGAUCAUUUAUUACACUUUACUGCACCCGAAAUCCGCCGAAAUAUCUCAGAGUUUUUGUAAACCGGCGCAAGCGUCAAAGGUUGCGCAUGGAAGGGCGAGCGAGUCGGCCUUCUCGUCGGGCUGCUGGGAUGGAUCUUCUGGGAGAGAGGCAGAGAAGACCUCCGCGACCGAAGAGCUGAAGCCGAGCCAUCACUGGCUGCUGGUGAGGCUGGCCAUGAAAACGGGGAAUUUGUCGCAGAUCAACGCCGCUUUUGGGGACAGCGGUUUUGCCGAAGCCGUUUCUCCCGGACGCCUGGCGGGUGCUCCGAUUUUUCUCGGGAAGGUGGAACCUCCUCGCCCGGAUCCGGUGGAGUCGGAACGGUUUCUGACGGGGAAGCUGCAGAUCGAGAACGCUCAGCGCCCCGAAGGUGUUCGGUGUGAGCCGUCUGCGUACGUCACGCUUGGGAACACUAGAGUCCUUGAUAACCCUGAAGCAGAGACUGAUGAUCUGCUGUCCAGCGGUGAUGGUCGUGGUGGUGGAAACUUGUCCGCCGAAGCUGGAGGAGCGUUGGACGGUCCGUGCUCGCCCGUUAGUCAUGCCAGAGCGAAAGAAAGCGCCACUUUUUAUUUCAGUGCAAACAUGGAUGCCGUUCCGUCUUCAGCCAAAGACCUGGACUCCAUGCUAGAGACACCUGACCCUCCUCUGGCCUUCGCAGCCGUGGCUAACGAAGCCCCGGCAUUAGAAGCCGCCGGGAAAGAGCAGUUUCCAGCCGUGUGCGUCAGCCCCAUUUUAAGCCUUGCCGCCAACAGUAACUUCCAGAGGAGCGUCGCCCUGGACGUGAGCGACCUCAUCGACGAGUCGACUUCCUUAGAGGGAGAUUCUGAACUCAUGGAGUUAGAGGAACCGGUGGGGAGAAGGGGCUUCCACCUGCUGGCGGGGGGCUUUGUGCCGCCGUCUGUGAGAGGAAGGCUGGUCCAGGAAGAGAAACCUUGCUUCACGUCCACUCCGAAAGCACAACCCACGGCCCCGGAGUCGGGGUUACACGCGGAAACGAAAGCGAGGCGCAAACUCGCCCAGCUAAAAAUGUAGGCGGUGGGGGGGGGGUCUUGAUAUUUAAGUACUUUGUUCGUAUUUUUUUUUUUUUUUUUUCUAAUGCGGUUCAUUGAGUCCAACAGAAAACCCCAUAUUUGAUAUGUGAGACGGGCCUUCACUCUAAAUAAUGCUUUUGUUUGCAUUGAGAGCAUCGGGAUUCCAUUCCAUUUCAAACCAGCGUUGUACUAAUAUUGAAUAAUAUAUUAUGCAUAAAAUUGAAUGUAAUAUAUAUAUAUAUAUAUAUCUCCUCGGUACGCUAGCUAACACAUAAACAGCUGCUUCUCAGUA